AUGCGACUGGCACAGGCUAUCAGCGCUGCCAAGAUCACAGGAACCCUCGCUGCCGCUAUUCUCGGGUGCAAGGUCAUCUACGCGCUUUUCUUCUCCCCGCUGCGCAACAUCCCCGGCCCGUUCCUUGCACGUCUAACCAGUCUGCGUGCCAGGCUCAUCAAUGCAACAGGGAAAAUUGGAAACACAGCACGCAAGGAGUACCUGCAGUAUGGCGACGUUUACGUUCUUGAGCCCAAUGCAGUUGUAGUUGGUGACCCCUCUGAUGCACGCGUCGUGCUUGGAUCGCACGCGUUUGUCAAAAGCCCAUUCUAUGAGGGCAUGGACGCGAUGGGUAUCCAGAACACUCUGUCGGGGCGAGACCCUGAGUUUGUCAAGAUGCGCAAGCGCCAGAUCGGGCCGUACUUCAACCAGGCGCACAUGGCCAAGAUGGAGCAGACCAUCAUUAACCACGGAAUCCUGUCGCUCAAAGAACGGUGGGAUUCCCAGCUGGUGCAGUCAGCCAAUGGCAAGAUUGAGAUCAACUACGACCGCGACUUUGGCCUUGCUGCAUUUGACAUUAUCGGCUCGCUGGCGUUUGGCCAAGAGUUCAACUGCCUCAAAAACGACGACAAUACAGUGAUGCGGUGGGUUGAUGCUACGGUCAAGCUGUUUGGCGCGCAUUCCAUGUUCCAUGCACUGCGGCGGUUCCCUGGAUCGCUGGCUGUUCUCAGCUGGCAGAGACAGUUUGACAAGUUCUACAAGUUUGGGCAAGAGUGUGUCGCGCGCCGCAAGGAGUUCCUGGCUAAGGGAGGUGAGAAGCCUCACGAUAUUUUGCAAGGGUUCCUCGAUGCUCAGGAUCCCGAGUCCAAGGUGCAGAUGACAGAUACGCAGGUGCAGAUUGAGGCUAACAUUGCGCUGCUUGCUGGUGCCGACACGUCAUCCAACACCCUCAAGUGGACAAUUCACAUGCUGAUGUUGCAUCCCGAGAUACUACGCAAAGGCGACCAUGUGAUCACCAGCGCAGAGGUACGGAAGCAUCUGCCAUAUGUCGAGGCUUGCCUGUACGAGUGCUUGCGCGUCUUCCCUGUGGUCUCUGGCCUCUUCCCACGGGUGUCUCCUCCGGGUGGUGUGACGUUCAAGGGCCACUUCAUCCCUGCUGGCACCGAUAUCUAUGUCAACUUCACUGCGCUGGGAAUAAACAAGAACGCAUGGGAAGAGCCGCUCAAGUUCGAUCCCCAUGGCGUGCGCAUUUGCCCCGGCAGGCAUAUGGCCUGGUUCGAACUACACACGAUAUUCGCCAACAUGCUUAAGGACUAUGACCUGUCGCUUCCAGCAGACUACACCCACCUCGGCCCGAACGUUUUGGAUGAAUCCGGUUACCCGAAACGCAUGGAUUCUGUCAACUUCCUGGUCACUGUUCCGAUCAAUGCAGCCCGGGACUGCCGUCUGAUCCUCACCAAGCACGAGUGA